GUUUAAAAAAACAGCUGCUGAAGAGUCUCCCAGCCGGUGGUUGGUGGGAAGUUGGGGAGUCCCAGGAGCGGGUUGGAAGACUCCCCUGCCCCAGGCACCAGGCACGCAGGAGGGGGGCGGGUGGGAAUUGCAAGGUGACCGAGUCGCAAGAUCUGUGUUAAGCAGCAAGGCGGUUUUACAGGAGGAGAAGCCUGCUGGAUAUAGCAGGCAUAGGAUUCGGGCUGCGCGGUUUCCUACCUGGUAAAUUAUUUUGGAACUGCUGAAGCAAAUUGUGAUUUAUGAAGUCUGCUCGCUGCAACCUAACUUUGGGUGAGGCCUCCCUGUCGAGACCCAUGCCACCUUUCAUGACAAAGAUGAAUGGGAGAAAAGAUUCAUAAGAAGUUGCUGUGGGUGUUUACCAAAGUAUUCUUGUAAACCUACCCAUGGGCAUCAAGAAUGGCUUCGAAGACGCAAACUUGAGUUCAAGAGCCAGACCUUGGAACAGAAUAUAGUGGGAAUGAGAACCUGUCCCUCACAGAUAGGACAGAUCAGUGUUCCUUCGAGAACAUUCUGUUCCCUCCCUUCAUGACUGUGUGCUUCUCUGACAGGAUAAAGCUUGGCUUUAAACAGGAAGCCGUCAGGGCCACUAAAAGAGAAGGGAACUGUCAUCAACCAAGUUUUUUUGACAUCCGAGUAGUUUCUCAGUGUUAAAAAGUGCCAUCAAAUUACAGUCGACCUGACAGCAAUCCUGUAGGGUUUUCAGGGCAAGAGGUUGCCUCUGCAUCUCAGCCCUGGUCUUCCAUGGUGGCCUCCCAUUGAAGUACUAACUGUGGCUGCUUGGUUUCCAUGAUCUGAUGAACUAACCUUACCCAGUCAAGGUGAUGAUUUCUUACUUGCUGGAGAAAAUUCUCUGGAGUUUUUUAAAGAACAUUGAGUGUCUGUUUUCUCUGCAGUAAAGUAAGCAUACAAACCCUCCUAUUUAGCACUGUUUUAUCACACUGUCUCCCCCCCUCCACACACACACACACACACCUCAGUCACAGUAGUUAAUGUAAAAGCCAGUGGCCAGCUCAACCACUGGUGAUAUCCUUGGUCUACCAAUCAGGCUUAAUGUCUAGAAUGGUUGCAUUAAGCCAGCUUCUGCUACAGUGACCCUUGAACUAUAGUGCCUUUGACACCAUAAGUUGCAUGGGGUACCCUUCUGGGGCCAUUUCACUUGUCUGGGCUUCCUACUCAGGCAAUGUUUGUCCAUCUCUGUGGCCUGUGUAUGGUGGGUUCAUUUUGGGCCGGCUUGCAUUGAAAAAGCGUGGCACAUCUGGAAUGUAGCCACAGACUGGUAGAUCCAAGGAACGAGUGGGGUCUCCUUGUUUCCACCAAGACCCAUCAUGGGUCGCUUAGACGACCACGCCAAGAAGCGGAUUGUGGAACUGCGCAAAGCCGGCUUGAGCUUCCGCAAGAUCAAAAAGGUCCUGGAGCUGGACAAUAUCCGGGUCACCCCGCAAGCCAUUUACCUGUUCCUCAAGCGGAAGAAGGUGGAGCCUGCCCUACCCCUACCCAGCUCCCACCAGCAACCAGCUCCCAAGAAGGAGAGCAAGAGAACAGUUACGGAUCAGGCUGGGUGGGACGAGGACAAGCUCUGGAACUUACUGCAGGAAAAUGGAGCAGGGCAACAGCAGCGAGAGUCCGGGAACCACAGGACACCUUGCCCCACUCUUGGAGCCAGCCUGAGCGGUGAGGGCCCAUCUUCUAAUACCAACCAAGACUGCUGCCCCAAAAUCAUCCACGUGACUUCACUGAGCAAAGAUGGGGGGCAGUUUGCGAAGCCAGAUGCCGCUUGUGGGGCCUUCUCUGCAGGACCACAUCUGGGCCCAAGUACUGGUGAUAACGCACCCCAGCAGGCCUCAGCCUCUGUCAGCUGCCCCUCUUCUGACACCCCUGCGGUCCCUCAGCAUAGUCUGAAUGGCAAAGGGAAGCUACCUCUGCCUCCUGCAAAGAAUCCAGCCUUAAUUGUGAAGAGGAAGAUUGUAGGGCGGGCCAUCCACCUCCAGAAAAAGGCGAACGGUCUCAAUGGGCAGCCUCAGUCCAGUUCAUCGCAUGCCCCAUCCUUCAUGCUGAGGGUGCAGCCAGCCAGUAACUCUUCUGGGCGAUCCUGUCCUGCCAUGACUGCUGACUGUGGCACACACACCAAAGAGGCCAGCACUCAGACUUCCUCAUCCAACCCCAUCUCCUCGCCGACCAGCCCAACCUGUCUGUGGGGAGGCCAGAUGGUGGCUUCUUUGGUCCCUGCCGCCAGCCCCCAGUCCCUCACCGAAAAACUGGACGUGGUGCACACAGAGGUCCAGAAGCUGGCACGAGCAAUGCAGGCGGUGCUGGAGCGCCAAUGCCGGCUGGAGCGCCAGCAGGAGCAGCAGCAGCGGACCCAGCAGGAAGUGCUCUUGGCGCUGCAGCAGCUCAGCUCCACCGUCGGCCAGACGGCAGUGGCCGGGAACCCGCCCUGCACGCCAUACAGCAGCCUAGUGGACCCCUCGCCUUCCCUGCCAAAUUUCAGCCAGUUCAAGAUGGAGCUGAUCUGACCAAAGAGCGGCAGAGAAAUGCACAAAAGCAAAACCUGCUUCCAGGUUUGCACGGCUUUCCUCCACCCUGGGUGGCAGUCGCUUGCCGAUGAGUGCGCCGCUGCCCGUGGAACACGCUGAACUCUCCUACAGGAGCUCAUUUGGGCCUCACCAAGCUUCAGACUUUGCAUCGUGAAAUCUGGGAUUGCCAGGGAACGAGAUGGGGAGUGCUACUCCUCACCCAGUGCCUUGAUUCUGGAAGGCACUUAAUCAUUAAUAAAUAAAUCAUUAAUAAUAAAUGUUACGUUGAUGCAGACA